UGUAAUUCCAGUUCUAAGGAACCAACACCCUCUUCUGACCUUUAAGGACACCAGGCACACACAUACAUGCAGGCUAAAGCUCAUGCACAUAAAAUAUAAAGAAUUUAAAAAACGAUAAGCUUAUGGGAACGAGGGUAGGCCACCCUUUUCGUCAAGAUGGCGCUGAAAGCGAAGAAGGAAGCUCCUGUCCCUCCCAAAGCUGAAGCUAAAGUGAAGGCCUUGAAAGCCAAGAAGGCAGUGCUGAAAGGCGUCCACAGCCACAAAAAGAAGAUCCGCACAUCGCCCACCUUUCGGCGGCCCAAGACCCUGCAGCUACAAAGGCAGCCUAAAUACCCCCGGAAGAGCGCGCCCAGGAGGAACAAGCUUGACCACUAUGCCAUCAUCAAAUUCCCCCUGACCACCGAGUCAGCCAUGAAGAAGAUAGAAGACAACAACACACUUGUGUUCACUGUGGACGUCAAGGCCAACAAGCACCAGAUCAAACAGGCUGUGAAGAAACUCUAUGACAUCCAUGUGGCCAAAGUCAACACCCUCAUAAGGCCCCACGGAGAGAAGAAGGCGUAUGUUCGGUUGGCUCCUGAUUAUGAUGCUCUGGAUGUUGCCAACAAAAUUGGAAUCAUCUAAACUGAGCCCA